GUUUUGAUGGCGUAUCUGAAAGCGGGAAAUUCGUGCUGUGGACCAGAAUUUCUGACCAAAAAUACCUGUGAACGUUAACAGCAUAUGUAAAAGGUAUGAUUACAGAAUAAGGAAAUAUGAAGAUUUUUUAAGACAGUCCACCUUUCAAAGAGGUAUACAAAUUUAUUUCCAGUACUAAGAAAUGCAGUCGCAGAGAACUUUGAGCACCUUUCCCAUAGCACCUGUACACAAGACUAAGUUGUGUGCUGCAGGAUUUUUAACAGUAGAAGAUCUUAAAGACAUCAAGCCAUCUGGUCUGUUUAAAGAAACAGGCAUAGGCUUGGAGGAAUGUCUGGAAAUUAUAAAACUUGUUAACGAUGACACUACAAAGAAGUCUACAGUAAAAUCAGCAUUUGAUAUCUUACAACAGGAGCAGACACUGCCACCUAUCAUCACAUUCUCAGAGCAGAUUGAUGCUAUGUUAGGUGGUGGAGUACCACUGUGUAAGAUUACAGAGUUCUGUGGUGCUCCUGGGAUAGGAAAGACACAAAUGUGCAUGCAGCUAGCAGUAGAUGUACAGAUACCAGAAUGUUUUGGAGGUUUGGAUGGUGAAGUGGUGUACAUUGAUACAGAGGGGAGUUUUAUUGUGGAGAGAUUAGUAGAUAUCACCAAGGCAACCAUACAACAUUGUCAACAAAUUUCUCAGAUGGAAUCAGAUGAAGAAACUAAAUCCAGUAUGUCAGAGUUUACAACCGAGAAAGUAUUGUCCAUGAUCCACUACUAUAGAUGUCAUGACUAUGUAGAGUUGUUAGCUACAGUUCAUCUACUGCCUGAUUUUAUCAAGGAUCAUCCUAAGGUUAAGCUGGUUGUAGUAGACAGUAUAGCAUUCCACUUCAGACAUGACUUCGAUGAUUUUUCAUUGAGGACGAGACUAUUAACAUCAAUGGCGCAGAGCUUUAUUAAACUGGCAACAGAAUAUAAAAUAGCUGUUGUACUGACUAAUCAAAUGACUACCAAAGUAAAACAUGGAGAGAGUUCACAGUUAGUACCUGCGUUAGGAGAAAGUUGGGGUCAUGCCAGUACAGUCAGAGUCAUUUUAUACUGGGAAGGUCAACAAAGAUAUGCUUGGUUGUAUAAAUCUCCAUCCAAAAAAGAGUCUACAGUCCCAUACCAAGUCACAAUGGGUGGAAUUCGAGAUAUUGUAGAAAGUCAUGAUUGUGAUAAGAGUGAAGGCAAUAUCCAACUGCCAGCUAAACGACAGAGGGUCACGUGAUAGAAAGUGGAGUUAAGAGGAUUCAAUUUAAAUGGGAAAGCCUUCCUACUUUAGAACAAAGUUGCAUGCAUCUUCACUGGGCCAAAGGAAUUAGAUUUUUACAAUUAUGAACCUAAAAUUUACUAUCGCAGUGUAAAUACUGUUUAUUUUAUGGUGAAAGUUCAGUAAUGAAAUAUAUACUGUACUUAUGACUAAUCCCAAUGUCAGAUUUUACUAUUGAGAUAACAAUACUACAUAUACAUUUUGUUGAUUAUUAAAUCUGUUGAACAAUU